AAAAAAAAAAGCAGUACAAAAUGUACCGUGGUUAUAGUGAUUUUUCACGUAUUAUUUCUUUUAUUUCCCUGUAAAACCUGAAAUAUGAGUGUGCCAAUGUUACUUUUAACCUGAUAACGUAGUGUGAACAUAGAAAUAGUUGAUAUAAUAGUGUAAAUAAACAUUCUUGCGGCAAUCAUGUUCUCUGGCAAAGAUGCCGCCGCGAACCCAGCGUAUCCUACGCAAUGGGCUUUGAAUCCCACGGCGUAUCAGAACGUGGACUCUAGCACCGUGGACUGGGCAGCUUUAGCUCAGCAAUGGAUCGCUAUGAAAGAAGCUGCGGCGAUUUUGGCGGCGCCGCCUGCGCCGUCAAUGAAGCCGGACGCGGAGGAAGGCGAAGCCCCGAUGGAGGUAGAGAACCCAGACAACAACUCGGAGCCCGUUGAACCCCCACCCGGCGCCGAAUGGGACGCUGCCACUAACUCUUGGGGUUCAGCUGGUUGGAAUCAAUGGGGUUGGGGAUGGGGCGCAGGCGGUGUGGACUCCAAAAUGGGUGCAGACCCAGGGAUGGCCAUGGGGCCUAUGAUGGAUGGGUACACACCAGAUGGCACAGCACCAAUGCCUGGGUACACGACGGGGUCAACACCGACAUUCCAGCAUGGCUACUGGACGGCUCCGCAAGCUGACCAGCAGAACAACAGCCGCGAAAGCAGUCGAGGACGGGACAGACGCUCCAAGAGCAAGAACCGGGACCAUAAAGCUUCUAGAAGUCGAACGCAUAGGGACAAAGGCCCCGUGUUGCCGCCGGUGAUCGAACCGAUAGUGAUGCCGACUCCACCGCCCCCCACCCUCGACGCGGCCAAGAGAAGACAACUACCCGCUUGGAUACGAGAAGGCUUAGAGAAGAUGGAACGCGAGAAACAGCGAGCAAUAGAGAGACAGCAAGAGAAGCAAGCGAGAGAAGCAGCGGAGAAAGAGAAAAAGAGAUUGGAGGAAGAAGAGUUGGAGAGGUUGAAGGCGGAGGCUGAUGGACAACCCAUGGUGCCGGCGAAGAGCAAAUUCGACUCAGACUCGGAGAGUGAGUCGGAAAAAGAAGAAGUGACCGCGCCGCCACCGCCGCAGCUGGACCGGGAGCAGUCGCCGCAGUCAGAGAAGGAGGAACCACUGCUCGCCAAGAAGACCAAGGAGGAGAUCUUGCAGGAAAUGAUGAUGACAGUGCGUCGGUCGCUGACGGAGAUCCUGCUGGAGGUGACGGACUCGGAGAUCCAAACGGUGAGCCAAGAAGAAUUGGCCCGAUAUACCGCCGCACAAGCGUCGCGCCUCAACGCGAUGAAGGCAAGCAAGUCAAAGGCACUCGCGGCUAUCGCCAGCGGGCUCGGGCUUGGCGCGUACGAGAGUAGCAGUGAAGACAGCGGCGGGGAGGACGAACAGAACGAUGUUUCCGACCAGCAGCUACAGGACAUAAUAAAGCGGAAGAAAUUCGAGUUCGAGCGUACGUCGCGUGAUAUCGAGGCGGAGGUGCGGCGCGCCGAGCUGCGCGACGCGGGCGACCCCGAGCCGCAGCACACGCCCGAGCGCCCGCGACGGACAUGGUCAUCAGCAACACCACCCCCCGUGGAAAGCGAUACUCCCGAGAAGAUUCCUGAACGUCGGUUGUCUAAAGAUAAAAAGAAUUACAAAUCCAGUGAUAAGAUAGAUAGCUUUCGGAAAUUGGAUACUAUACAGGAGGAGAAGUCGAAGAAAUAUAACAAGAAAGAACACACGCCAAGUCCUCAGAAGAACAACCACAAGAAGGAGAGCUCGCCGUCCACAAGCGACUCGGAGGCCGACUCCUUAACUAGUUCCAGUGAAUCCUCAGAGAGUGAACCAGAUACCAAAGUCGACGCGAAAGCAAAGAAACGUAAACGCAAGAGUUCCGACUCUGGCGACUCCCAUAGAAAAGCGAAAAAAGAAAAACACAAGAAAGACAAAUCACACAAGUCAGAUGAAAAAAGUUCUUCUAAAUCAAAACAUUACGAUGACUAUGAGAAGUCUAGGUCGAAAAAGAAAGACGACUACUACGAUAGACACAAGUCUUCUAGGAGUAGGGAUUAUGAAAAGUCACAUAAGGAUAAAUAUAGGGAUGACUCUGAUGAAGAUCGGCCGAGAAAGCGGUCGAAGCGAUCGCGGUCUAUCAGUUACGAAUCACGAUCGGGCAGGCGGCGGUCGUCGCGCGACCGAUCCUCGGAGCGCUCGCGUCGGAGGGACAGACGGUCGUACGACCGCGACAGCUCCAAGCGGGAGCGGUCCCGCGAGCGCUCCUGGCGGGACCACGACAAGUACGAUAGGUAUGAGCGGUCUAGGGACUACGACCGGCGGCGCUCGAGCAGCGGCAGCCGGACCCGACACCGCCGGUGAACACCAGGUUACAAAAGCAACAGGUUGUAUUAGUUUACUUAUUUUAAACACGAUCAAACAAAUUACCUUCCAUCUCCAUGAAAGAAUAAGUCAUAUUUUUAAAAUCUGUUAUAUGUGACAUAUAACAUAAUUGAUAAGUCUGUUAAAUAGAAUAUAACUAGAAAAAAAUCGAGCAAUGCUGUUCGAUUGCUGUAUUAUCGUAACAUACGAAUCAAGUCAACCGAAGCCGCUUAAAUUGCAGUUGUGUAGGAAACUAAGAUAAGAACCUAAGGCACAUUAUAUGUUGUCAGGAAUAUAAUAAUAGAUGAAUCUACUCAUUCUGAAUGGUGCUUGUAAUAGAAAAUUUUGUGAGUAUUUAUUAUUAUAUUUCUGGCACGUAGCUGAAACGGAGGUUGUGAUAUAUUAUUCCUAUUUUUUUCUCUUACAGGUGUGGCAGUAGAGUGCUUGCUUCAGGUGUAAUUAUCUAGUUUGUUGUGUAUAGUUUUUCCCAAUCAGUUAGCCCACAAAGCUCAAAGCAGAUUUACUGAAAAAUGGUCUUUUGAGUUUGGCUUGUACUGGUUUAUGCACUAGCUUACAUGAUUUUAUUCCAAUAAAAUUAUUGAAAAAAUA